GUUGCCCUGGUGACUGGGUUACGUGCUGACGCUCGAUGUAUAUGAGCGCGAGCGGCGGGAUCUCUUUCCUUUUUACCGCCAUCAGCGGAGUCUUUUCUGUGAUUCUGUGUAUCUGCGCAGUGCUGCUGAUAUACUCCAUCAGGACAAGGAAUUCAGCAGACCAAAACAAGAUGGCAGACAUUGACAACAAAGAUCAGGCUGAGAUGGACCAAGCAGACAUGGAGGAUGUUGAGGAAGUGGAAGAAGAAGAAACUGGCGAGGAUGUCAACAGCAAAGCCCGUCAGCUGACGGUUCAGAUGAUGCAGAACCCACAGAUUCUCGCAGCCCUGCAGGAAAGGCUGGAUGGGCUUGUUGGGUCUCCUUCCGGCUACAUGGAAAGCUUGCCGAAGGUGGUGAAAAGACGUGUUAAUGCAUUGAAGAACCUCCAAGUAAAAUGUGCCCACAUCGAAGCCAAGUUCUAUGAAGAAGUGCACGAGUUGGAAAGAAAGUAUGCAGCACUCUACCAGCCCCUCUUUGACAAGAGAAGUGAAAUCAUCAAUGCUGCUUAUGAACCAACCGAUGAAGAAUGUGAAUGGAAAGCAGAUGAGGAGGAAGAACUGACAGUAAGUAGUCAGGAGGAGAUGAAGGAAAAGGCAAAGGUCGAUGAGGAGAAAAAAGAUGAGGAAAAAGAAGAUCCAAAAGGAGUUCCGGAAUUCUGGCUGACAGUCUUUAAGAAUGUUGACUUGCUCAGUGACAUGCUGCAGGAGCAUGAUGAACCAAUUCUAAAGCACUUAAAAGACAUAAAAGUUAAAUUCUCAGACCCUGGGCAACCAAUGAAUUUCACGCUAGAGUUUUAUUUUGAAUGCAAUGACUUCUUCUCAAACGAACUGCUGGUAAAAACAUACAAGAUGAGGUCAGAACCAGAUGAGUCGGAUCCCUUUGCCUUUGAUGGACCAGAAAUCAUGGGCUGCACAGGUUGUCAAAUUGACUGGAAGAAGGGAAAGAACAUCACAUUGAAAACCAUUAAAAAGAAGCAGAAGCACAAGGGACGAGGCACAGUGAGGACGGUUACCAAAACGGUGCCAAAUGAUUCCUUCUUCAAUUUCUUCACUCCUCCGGAAGUUCCAGAAAGUGGUGAGCUGGAUGAAGAUUCCGAGGCAAUCCUGGCAGCUGACUUUGAAAUCGGUCACUUCCUCCGAGAGCGCAUUGUCCCGCGGGCCGUGUUGUACUUCACAGGCGAGGCCAUAGAGGAUGACGAUGAUGAUUAUGAUGAAGAGGGAGAGGAGGCAGAUGAUGAGGAAGGAGAAGAGGAAGCGGAUGAGGAAAACGAUCCUAAUUACGACCCGAAGGUUUAAUGAUGUCUGUAGAAAUAACCCUAUCCCAGUAGAAGGACGCGAAUCCACCACCCGAGUGCAAGCAGCAGUGAAGCCUGCGUAUGUGGCCUUGAGGAUUAACUGCACUGUAACAGCUUAUUAAACAAAACCUAGUUACUUACAGCCUUAUACUGUUUUGUAUUUUCUUGUUAGAAAUAAGUUUACAUUUCUUUUUGUUACAAAAUCAUGAAGGGCCAGUUUCAAGCCUCUGCUCAUUCUACAUAGUAUUUUAAUAGAAUUAUCUGUAAAAACAAUACAUACAAUAAAAUAAGUUAGACUGCAGUAAAUCCAUCUUCAAACAAAAAAAAGGCAAGCAUGACAUUUGUUUAUUCACUGCUAAAUAGUUUGGGUUCUUGUGAAGUUUCUUGUAUUGCUUUUUGAAAACAGCUGUGGAAAGACUUUGUGAAAAAAUUUCAAAUUCAGAGACCGAUAUUUGUUUAGCCCUAUUCCUCCAUUAAAGAACCAACCAAUUUAUGAUUUUUA